CACUGUGGGAUGGAUUACAGGCUAAUGUGACUCUCCUGAAGGACCAGCCAGAAUAUCGUGACAAAGAGUGAGAAGGGGAGUAAGGACCUGGGGUUGCUGGUUGGACCAAACAGGAGCACGUCAAACCAAAGGGAAAUCUCAGCUCUCACUCUCCUUGAGUGUUGUUCUGCUGUAUUUAUUGGCAAGGACACUUCCCAGGCUGAACAAUGGCUUUGAUGAAGGUCAAGUUUGACAUGAAAACGCGAGUGAAGCUCGCUCAGACAGUUUGGUUUAUGUACUGGUUUGCCGUAAUGGCUGGUGUGCUGGUCUUUAGCAUGGGGGUUUUCUUCAACAUUGAGCUACGGAAGCGCUCAGAACUUAUGGACAACAAGGAAAGCCACUUUUUGCCAAACCUGCUCAUAUUAAUGGGUCUAAUAACCUGUGGCCUCAACAUCUGUGGGGGUAAAAUCUGCUAUGACUCACUGGACCCUUCAAAAUGGACAAAGUGGAAGCCCUUCUUGAAGAACUUCUUGAUGUUCUGUGUGGUUUUCAAUAUCCUGCUGCUUGUGACAGCCCUGCUGUGUUUCUUGAUGAGAAUCCCUCUACAGUUCACCCUGGCUGAGGGUCUGAAAAGUGGCAUGAAGUACUACAAGGACACGGACACACCGGGCCGCUGCUACAUGAAGCGCACCCUGGACUUGAUGCAGAUUGAGUUUCGUUGUUGCGGGAAUGAAAACUACAAGGACUGGUUUGAGAUACAGUGGAUUAGCAACCGCUACCUUGACUUCAGUGCAAAGGAGGUCAAAGAUCGCAUUGGCAGUAAUGUGGAUGGCCAGUAUCUGAUGGAUGGGGUCCCGUUCAGCUGCUGUAACCCCAGCUCCCCCCGUCCCUGCAUCCAGUACCAGAUGACCAACAACUCUGCCCACUACAGCUACGACCACUACACUGAGGAGCUCAAUGUGUGGAUGCGUGGCUGCAGGGAUGCCCUGCUAGCUUAUUAUGGUGGCAUGAUGUUCUCCAUUGGCGCGCUGGUGGUGCUGGUCACAGUCCUGGAGGUUGCCGUCACUGUGGGCCUGCAGUACGUGAACACGUCCUUGUCCACCCUGGCCAAUCCGGACGACCCAGAGAGUGAGAGUGAGGGCUGGAUCCUGGAGAAGACUGUGAAGGAGACGUUCACUGACAUCAUGGCCACAAUGAAGAGCAUAGGCAAAGGCAACAAGGUGGAGGAGGGAGGCGAAGCAACAGCGGACGCAACAAGCUGAGUAAAAAUGCUCCUGCAAAAACUGAAAACGCGCCAACCUGAAGGGCAGAGGAAGGGAACACUUAAAAUUAACACCUUUUUUCUACCAACAUUUAUGCACAUAAAUACUACUUACACACAUAAAUGGACUUAUUGCAAACAUUACCCUUGAAUAAUGAAUACUGUGCACUUCCUGCAUAGACACAAAUUGGAUCAUAUGUGUUGUUAUUUAUGUUUUAAUCCAGAAAUCCAUCUCAGUUUAUUUCACAGCACACUUAAAAAAUGGUGUGGGUUGGGUCUUUUAUUCAUUUUUUGUUUUCUUAUUCCCACAAAAGUGAAAAAAGUUGUCAAUAAAUGUCACCUAUUUUGAAU